GGUUUUGUUUGUUGGAGACAUUAAUUAGCCUAUAGUUAUAGGAUGACACUCACCAUAAUAAAAACACCUUGGAACUCUAAUAAUCACCAAACUCGAAAUGAUUGAUGAUUUUGGUUGUUUAUUGGUUAGAUAGAACUCAAGAGGUUUGUUUGGUUCAGCUAGAUCCAAACCCGGAAGGCAUGGAUCAAUUUCUAUCCAAGUAAAACCAAAACCUCAAACCGGCUAGAGGUGAACCAAAAUGGAAUUUCUAUCCAUGCAUUUGCAUGAUCAUAAGAUAUACAAUAUAAAAAAACAUUUGGGGUCAAGUAAGUACAAAAUUAGAUAUAGAGAAUAUGGGACUUCAAAAUAUAUUCAUAAAUUUUCAAGAUUAAACAAAUUCCUUCCUCAAUAAUGUCCCAAGUAAGUCCAUAAGAUGGUGGCUGAAUACCAACUAAGCAAAUUCCCAAAACCUCUAAUUCAAUGAUACAAAAACAUGCACCUAAGCACGUAGAUACUGCAAUCUCUUGAUUAUUUAAUUACCAAUACAGACCAAACACAACCUCAACUGCUUCAACAUUAUUCCAAUCUGUCAUCUCUGUUUGUCUUCACAUGUUUUUUAAUAACUUCAUCUCUGCCUUCUUCAUUCCUCCAAAAUUCCUCUAAUCCAUUUCUCUUUUCCUUUGGCUAAUCAUCCAUCAUGACUGUCAAGAAAGUUGAAAUCAAGGUAGAUAUAAACUGCGGAAAAUGCAACAGCGCAAUCAUGGAAGCAGUCACAGAGAUAGAAGGUGUGAAUCAUAUUUCAUUAGAUGAUGGGAAUAGUAUACUCACCGUGGUGGGGACAAUGGAUCCGGUCUGCGUUGCAACAAGACUGAAGAAGAUUAAACAGAAACCUGUAAUCAUUAGCGUUGGACCACCACCAAAACCUCCUGAGCCACCAAAGCCUCCAGAGCCUGAGAAACCAAAGCCUCCACCAACACCUGAACCACCAAAGCACGUAUGCAAGCCACCUUACUGCAACAGUUGUGAUGUUGUGUCUGUUACUACAUAUGAAAGUGGAAGCGGCUGCACCAUUCUUUGAGUCCUGUAUCUUGUACCAUAGCCUUCAUGUUAAGCCUAUAUUUAGCCAAUACUAAUUUAUCAUGUUCUCAUCCUUUUUUUUUUUCUUUUUUUUUCUCAAAAUAAGAAUCUCGGUUGUUUGUCCCUCA